AUGUACUCGGCCUUUACUCUGGACGCAUACCAGCUUUGGAGACCGCGUUCGCCCAAUGUGCCUAGAAUCCACGAUGAUUCUUCAGGUCACCUUCGGACUAGACCUCCACAAUCAGAACCGCAUCCUUUUGCGCCACCCCUAGCUGCAUAUUUAGCCGAUGAAUGCGGUCCCAACUCCGCGUAUACGGAUCAUAACGCCGCCAUGGAACAAGCAUACCUAUCUGGGGCAAGCGAUAUACCGCUCCUUGGCCCCACAACACUGCAAAGACUCGAUAAACUUCGCAAGAUUCGUGCGACAGGAUACACUACGAUCGUACCGAUUGGCAUCGGCCGCACGAUGGCACAGAUGGACCAGGAGGCAGGCGAAGAGGCAGAAAACUUGCUGGCAUGUGAACGAUCCCAUGCGCUGCCUGUGGAGCCGAUUGACAAUGCUGAAUCAGAUCUCGAAGAGCUGGGAGACCUAUCUGGCUUGGACAGUCUAAUGGCGGCUGACUUGGAUGCUGAUGUUGUUGAUGCAGAUGAGGCAGAUGUAUUUUCCAGCGGGGGUCUGACCCCUGACGCGUUCAUGGCAGCCGAUGUUGAGUAUCAGGCAGACCACAGCUUGGAUGAGGUGGAGAGAGUUCCUACUUUGCCUACUACGGUCAGUGCGGGACGACGCUGCGAUGAUUCAGAUGUCGACAUGACCUUUGACUAG